AUGGUGGAAGUGCUUAAUCAAGAAAAAGAAAGUGUAUAUAGACAGUUUAUUGCAAAAGUGCGUCAAGCAGGGUUUGUUAGGCUGGUUUGCAUAUCACGUGAAAUAGAUCAUUUUGCAGCACUAUUCUCUUUGAUAGUUGUGCUGGAGAGAGAGAUUAUAAAGCACGAGGUUAUCUGGGAGGAUGCGCGAAGUGGCAAGCAGGCUGUAUUUGAGAUAGGCAUAGGGCAAGGCUGUAAAGUGGAGAACGGGGCGGUUAUAAGCACGCAAAAGGAGAAGCACACAAAAAACAUAAUGUUCUUGCUUGGAGAAACACUGGAAGAGGUUAUUUUUAAUCUCUGCAAAAGCAUAGGGCAUAUGACUUCAGAGUGUCUGUGGAGUAUCUGUGUGUCUAUGUAUGGAAGCUUAGACAAAGCAGAGCAGAUACAGUGGAGGCAUCCAAUAAAAAAUGUGUUAGGUGAUAGAAAGGCCAAAGAAGAAGACUUGGAGGAGACAGAAGACGAGGAUUUUGAGCAGAAAGAGAACAUUUAUGUUGAAGAUGGCGAUUUUUGCGGAAUAAAGAAAGAAAUAGCAGCAGAGGUAUCUAGGCUGGAAAGAGAUGAUGAUGAUGAAAAGAAGUCUAUCCAACAGGUGAAGGGAAUAUACUUUUCAUUUAGCCAGUGGUGCACACUAUACGAGGCUCUUCUUCAAGACUUUGGUGUGAUAGAAGAGCUUGGUCUUUUUUUCCAAAGAAAAAAUACAAAGCACUGUCUUCUAGAGAACCCAGAGUAUUUAUUGAACCAGUUUUUGGCCCGUUUGGGGGUAUCUGUUGCAGCUGCACAGGAGACAUCGCUGAACAAUCUUGUAGGGCCUGUUCAGGAGGUGAUCAGAAGAAGCUUUAAUAAGAGGCAGACGUAUUUCAAGCACUACCAAUACAAUCUUGGAUUUUCGCAUGUAGAGGUAUUUUAUUCCAUAUGCCAUCUGAUUAAAAAUGGCGCAUUCACUGAGGCUGUUUUCUCCUUUAGAAAUAUAAAGUUUAUAGAUGUACAUAAAGGCCUUGCAGAGUACAACAAGGUAGUACACAGUGUGAAGAAAGGAAUUGAGAAGAGGCGAGUACUGAAGGUAUGUGGGAUGAGCAUGGUUCUUAUCCCCAAGGGAGCAGUUGUGUUUAUGUCAAAGAAUGAAAUAACGCUUAUGAAGAAGGUCUUUGGCACUAUAUACUAUAUGUGCAAAGAAAAAAACCCGCAUAAAGAAAUUAUUAUGGCGGCGUAUAUUGAGAACAGUAGAAUUUUCAGGGUGUUCUUUAAAGAGGAAGACCAUAUUAGAUGGGAAGAUACGGAGGAAAAAAAUCUUAAUAAUUCGAUUGUAGGUAUACUUACCAGGCUUGAAGAGGAGUAA